AUGAAGCGGGGCAGCGCCCCCCUGAUCCUGAACGUCGGCGGGACCCGCUAUUCCUUCCCCAGGGACGUGAUCAAAGACUUCCCGCUCAGGAGGGUGAGCAGACUGCACGGCUGCCUGUCCGAGAAAGAAGUGCUGGAAGUGUGCGACGACUACGACCGGGAGAGGAACGAGUAUUUCUUCGACCGGCACUCGGAGGCUUUCGGGUUCAUCAUGUUGUAUGUGAAGUACGGGAAACUGCGCUUCGUGCCUCAGAUGUGCGAGUUGUCCUUUUACAACGAACUGAUUUACUGGGGUCUGGACCGCUCCAACCUGGAGUACUGCUGCCAGCGGCGCCUGGACGACAGGAUGUCCGACACCUACACCUUCUACUCCGAGGAGAAAGAGGAGGAAAUGACCAAACGGAAGAAAGAGGAGGUCCGAGCGGACUCCCAGUCCAGCAGGAAGUGGCUGGAGAGGAUGAGGAGAACUUUCGAGGAGCCCACCUCGUCUGUGGCGGCUCAGGUUCUGGCCACCGUGUCCAUCCUAUUCGUCAUCGUGUCCAUGGUGGUGCUGUGCGCCAGCACCUUACCCGACUGGAAAACAGCCGAGAACAACAGCGUGGAGGAGCACAGGUACACAGAGAAUUUAAUGGGACCAUCAGGGAUAAUCGAGGCCAUCUGCAUGGGAUGGUUCACCGCUGAGUGCAUUGUGAGGUUCCUGGUCUCCAAGAACAAAUGCGAUUUUUUGAGGAAACCCCUCAACAUCAUUGACUUGCUAGCGAUCAGCCCUUACUACGUCUCAGUCCUGAUGAGCCUCUUCACAGGAGAGAACUCCCAACUGCAGCGGGCAGGGGUGACCCUCAGGGUGCUGAGGAUGAUGAGGAUUUUUUGGGUGAUCAAACUUGCUCGCCAUUUCCUGGGUUUGCAGACUCUGGGCUUGACCCUGAAACGCUGCUACCGGGAGAUGGUCAUGCUCCUUGUGUUUAUCUGCGUGGCCAUGGCGAUCUUUGGCGCUCUCGCCCAGCUGCUGGAGAGUGGGCUCGACCUGGAAAACAAAAACGAAGACUACGCCAGUAUUCCAGCAUCAUGCUGGUGGGUGAUUAUCUCCAUGACCACUGUAGGGUACGGAGACAUGUACCCCAUCACUGUCCCUGGCAGGAUCCUGGGUGGGAUGUGUGUGAUCAGUGGCAUUGUCCUUCUGGCUUUGCCCAUCACUUUCAUCUACCACAGCUUUGUUCAGUGCUACCACGAGGUCAAGUAUAGAUCGGCUCGCUGCGGUAGGAGUUUCUCCUUGGAAUAUUUGAACUGACAAAAACAACUUGCAUUAUAUAGCACCUGGCACGCCAAUAGCUUCUCAAGAGCUGAGGAGAGUUUUCACUGUUUGUACUCAGAGAUUGGGCAGGGUGAGGGAGCUAACAGAAAUGACUUGUGAAGAUUUCUAUACACUGGAUCCUAAGAUGGAAUUGCACACUCCUGCAAGAGUAGUGUAAUGGCCUUAACUCAAAAGGAAUUACAACACUUGUCUGGCAGAAAAUUCUGCGAGACAAGGUAACUAACUACUCGACAAUUCGAUACUUGCACAUAAUUGAUCUGACCAGAUGCCCUGCUAGACAUCUCAAGCACUGGACAAUCUAUAGAGCUCAAAUGAAAUGUGGAUUGCACCGUAUUGAAACUCUUGGAAUUGGGGGGAGGGAGAGAGAAAUUAAAGCAAAUAAGGGCGAGAUGGCCUACAUCCAGUCACGUUUAAUCUACUGAGUGCUAUUUGGUGCAGAUUACGGAGGCAGUCGAUUGAAAAGUGCAAGAAUUUAACUUAUCACUGUCAUCUUUAUCCUAGUGCUGGGCAUUUUCAAUAAUGUGCUGAAGUUGAUUUUCAAAGAAGAUAUUGCAGUUCUAAGCGCAUGGGGGGAUAAUAUAAAGUUUCAGAACAGAUUCCAUAUAAUUAUUAUUACAUUGAAUUUAUAAAUGCAAUGUCACAUUUUUCACCUCAUGAGGUGAAAACAUUCAUUGACAUUGUGACUCAAGAUCUAAAAGCUGUCUGUUACAGCACUACCCUAAAAAAAUGAAGUGAGUAAAGGUGGUGACAGCUUGUUUCAGUAAACAGACUUAUCACGUAUAGUGGAAAUUGCAGCCUUAUCAUUAGCAUUAGUGUAAAUAGCAGCCUUAUCAUCAGUCUUAGUAGUUUUACCAUCAGGGGGAAGGGCAGCAAAUAUUGGGAUUGGGAGAAAGAAGGUCCUCAAUUUCCCGUGUUCUUAAACUUUAGACAUUGUUUUAAAUGUUAGAAUCAUAAGGAAUUUUAGCAAAACAGCCUUUACUUCAGUUUUAAAUUAGGAAGUUGAUUUUCCGUAGUAUCCAAACAGAAGUGUGG